AGGUCGGUUUAUUAUCACUUUUAUUUAGAAUGUAAUGUGGUAUUUUGUAUACUGUUUUACUUUAUGGGUGGGAUAAGGAAACAACAAAAAGGUGUAACAAGCGUUUGGCGGACAACUGUGGGUUUCUGCGAGUAGGCUAAUUCAGACAACCAAGGAGUGAUGGGGGGCAUCAUCAACAGGAUCCCCUCUGAUUGAUUACUUAUUAGUCAUCCCUUUGGCUUAAUGAGACCCAUUGAAAAGGCACAGUGGAACACCUGCAUGAAUCAAAUAUUCCUGUGUCCCUUGAAUCUCUCCAGAAGAGUCUUACUUUUGCUUAAACGCGGGCAAGGAAAGGGGGUCGUGGCUUAACAUUAGCCAAUAAGGGGGAUAUUACAGUAUCGCUUCAUGGGUUUAUUUAGACUGAUUCUACGGUUUGACAAGCGGCUGUAAAGAAAAAAAAAACAGAAAGAGAAACUCGGGAAGAUUUUAUAGAGGAGCAUUGUGGACCUACGAAUUUUAUACUUAUCGAAUUUAUUUAUAUUCAUUGCUCUUUAUACAUUUUUAUCACCUCUUCUCCUGAAAAUGAAACUUUUGACUUUUCCCUGGCUGCCUUGCCUGGUGAUACUCAUCUUAUGUUUUGGAUCAGAGUGCGGGACUGUCCGGAGAAAGGGGAGAUCCAAAAGGGACUUGGUGCGUAUCAGGGAGGCUAGAGCCACCUUCCCAGGGGCUUGUGCCACACGUCUGCCCCGGGGCAAACGCUCCUUGCCCGGCAUGGAACGACGGGUGCCUCGCCAGCGUCGGCGCUCCUCUCAGGCAGAGGAGAACUCUCCAGGUCGGGUGAAAGCUGUUUAUUUUACCGGCAGGGGAGACCAACUUCGGCUUAAGCCGGGCGUGGAGAUACCGAGAGGAAAUUUUACUCUGGAGAUGUGGAUCAAACCAGAGGGAGGUCAACGAUCUCCUACGGUGAUUGCAGGUCUGUACGAUAAGUGUUUCUACGCCUCCAGUGACCGGGGCUGGCUGCUGGGCAUCCGGGCGGCCAGCGAGCAGGGCAACCGUGACCCACGCUUCUUCUUCUCCCUAAAGACGGACCGUGCCCACAAGGUCACCUCCGUCCACUCCAACGCCCACUACCUGCCCAACACCUGGGCCCACCUGGCAGUCACCUACGACGGCCUCUACAUGAAGCUCUACGUCAACGGCGCACAGGUGGGCGUCAGCCGUGAACAGUCGGGCAACGUCUUCAGCCAUCUGACCAAGAAGUGCAAGGUGCUGAUGGUGGGCGGGAACGCUCUGAACCAUAACUACCGGGGGGCCGUGGAGAGAGUAAGUCUGUGGAGGGAGGCCCGGGGACAGAGGCAAAUAAUCAGGGACAUGCAGGGUCACGAGAAUCUUCAAGAUGCGCCUCAGCUGGUGAUCCGGGAGAACUUUGAACACCCUGCCCGGAAGUGGCUGACGGUGAAGGAUGGGAGCUUCCCCCAGCCAGAGGAGGGUAGCAGCAGCAGGGUGGGGCAGGCUGGAGGAGGGGUAGGAGAAAGUGGAACUGGAGGGUCCCUGGACACCACUCUUGAACCCCCGCCCUGUGGUCAAACUGUCUGCGACAACGUGGAAGUGGUGACCAACUACAACCACACCUGGACUUUCCGGAAGUCCAAGACGGUGCGUUACCGCGUAGUCAACGUGUGGGACGACUCUCGGCGCUGGCCCACCGUCACGCCUCGUCAGAUCCACCUGCAGCACCAGCAACUCAACAAUGCCUUCGCCGUCUAUAACAUCACCUGGGAGCUGAGCGUCCACAACGUCACCAACUCCUCGCUGCGCCACCGUCUGGUCCUGGCCAACUGUGACAUCAGCAAGGUGGGUGAUGAGGCGUGCGACCCAGAGUGCAACCACACGCUGACGGGUUUAGACGCGGGCGACUGUAUCAGGCACCGCAGCCACUGCCCUCAGUCCAAGCAGGGCAACGGGGUGUGCGACCCCGAGUGUAAUUGGGACAACUUCUUCUACGACAACGGAGACUGCUGUAACCCCAAUGUGACGGACGUGACCAAGACCUGCUUCAACCGCUCCUCUCCACACAGAGCCUAUUUGGAUGUAAAGGAGCUGAAAGAGAUCCUGAAUCUGGAUGGCUCCACUCACCUGAAUGUCUUCUUUGCCAACUCGUCUGAUGAAGACCUGGCUGGAGUCGCCACUUGGCCGUGGGACAAAGAAGCCCUAACACAUUUGGGUGGCAUUGUUCUGAACCCCUCCUUCUACGGCACAUUUGGUCACAACCACACCAUGAUCCAUGAGAUCGGCCACAGUCUCGGGCUGUACCACGUGUUCCGGGGGAUCUCAGAGAUUGAGUCGUGUAACGAUGCAUGUCUGGAGACUGAGCCCUCAUUGGAGACAGGAGAUCUGUGUGAAGACACUAACCCCACGCCCAAGUACAAGCACUGCAGAGACCCUGAGCCUGGCAACGACACCUGCGGGCGUCGCCACUUUACUAACACACCGUACAACAACUACAUGAGCUACGCAGAUGACGACUGUACGAACUCUUUCACCCCCAACCAAGUUGCCCGGAUGCACUGCUACCUGGACCUUAUUUACCAGACAUGGCAGCCCGAGUCCAAGCCACCUCCUGUGCCCAUGGCACCCCAAGUGGUGGAGCAAGAGCAUGCCGCAAUUACCCUGGAGUGGUUCCCGCCUAUCUCCGGCCACUUCUACGACAGAGAAGUGGGAUCAGUGUGUGAUAAAUGCACAGAGGGCCGGGUCCUGCUGCAGUACGCAUCCAACUCCUCAUCCCCCCGACCCUGCGCCCCCUCUGGACACUGGAGCCCCCGUGAGGCCGAAGGACCUCCAGACGUGGAGCAGGCGUGUGAGCCCAGCGUGCGCACCUGGAGCCCCAAUGCUGGCAUCGAGCAGUGGGUCGUGGGGCUGUCUGAGUGCCCACUGCAGGGCUGCAUGCUCCAGCUGGAGUUCCCUCACCCACUGGUGCCCGACUCCCUCACCGUGUGGGUCACCUUCUUCAGCCCUGAGGAGAUGGCCCUUCCCGCCAUCCACAACAUACUGCUCCUGACCGUCAGUGGAAACAACCUCUCAUUGGGCCCUAGUAACGUGUUCUGUGAUACACCGCUGACGCUGAAGCUGGACGUGGAGGAGGAGGUGUACGGCGUGCAGUUUUUCACCAUGGAGCAGCAUCUGGAGAUUGAUGCCACCCUACUGGCGUCCAAGCCCGACUGCCCGCUGUGCCGCCACUGCCAGCCACUCAUCCACCGACUGCUGCGCCAGCCGCCAUUCUCCCAUACCCCCCAUGGCGUGCUGUUGAACGACCCUGCCAGGCGAUACACUGACAGGGACGUGGUACCAGGCAUUGUGUACACCUACCAGGUCCAAACCAUCUCCGCCCGCAGUGAGAGUGAACCGUCUCCACCCCUCACCCACCAGCUUGGGGCACCAUACUGCGGAGACGGACGCAUCCAGAGGUCACAGGGAGAGGAGUGUGACGAUAUGAACUCUAUGAAUGGAGACGGCUGCUCCAGCCAGUGUAAGAAGGAGCCCUUCUUCAACUGUGUCGAGGAGCCCAGUAUGUGUUACUUCUACGACGGUGACGGAGUGUGUGAGGACUUUGAGCGGGAGACCAGCGUGAGGGACUGUGGCCUGUACACCCCCAGUGGGUUCCUGGACCAGUGGGCCACAGCCGUACAGGUGUCCCACCAGGAGAGUCUCUACUGCCCAGCCGAGGUGGCCGCCGGCUACCCUGCCGUCAUUAAGACAUGCCAGUCCAAGGUGUUCGACCUGUCUGACGGAGUGUCCCAGUACGCCUGGUUCCCCUGCAGAGAGGCCCUGCAGUCCUCCAGAUACCCCCAGUACUGGCUCAAGGCCUACUUCUCCCACCCCAUGGUGGCUGCUGCUGUGAUAAUCCACCUAGCUGCAGACGGUACGGGCUACAUCGACCAGACGCAGUGCAACAUCACUGUUAAACUGGUGGACACCAAGGAGGUCAUCCACAGCUUAGGCGAUUGGCGUCUGAGCUGCAGGACCAACCCCCUGGUGAUCCCAGUGAGCCAUGACCUGAGCCUGGCCUUCUACCACACCAAGGCCAUCCUGGUCGAGUUCCGCUCCCACCUGGUGGCCAUCUCUGGCGUGGGCCUGCGCUCCUUCCAGUUCUUUGACCCAAUCACCAUCAGCGGGUGCCAGAGCAACGAGAUCUACAACCCCAUGGGUCAGAGUUGUGUCCAUUACUCGUGUGAGGCCAUCGACUGCCAGGAUCCACUAAUCCGCAAUGCAGAGCUCAAGUGCAGCAGUCUGGGCUUCUUCAACGGAGCUCGCUGCACCAUCACCUGCAACUCUGGCUAUGUCCUGCAGAUCCACAGAGAUGAUGACAUCAUCAAGACCCAGUCGGACUCAACAGUGACCAUCACCUGUGCAGAUGGAAAGUGGAAUAAGCAGGUGUCGUGUGAGCCAGUAGACUGUGGCCUACCAGACAAGUACCACGUCCACCCAGCCCACUUUAACUUCCCUGAGGGAACUACUUAUGGCAAGAGGAGUACCUUCCAAUGCAGGGAGCCUGCCCUGCUCCUAGGUUCUAACAACACUCUGACGUGUCUGGAGGAUGGUUUAUGGUCCUUCCCCGAGGCGCUGUGUGAGCUGCGCUGUCCGGCCUCGCCCCACGUGCCCAACGCCAUGCUGCAGACCAAGCGCUGCAAUGAAACGGGCCUCAAAGUGGGAUCCCUCUGCAAGUACAAGUGCAAGCCGGGCUACCACGUCACCAACAAGCCCAAAAGGCGAGCAUUUAAGCGUCAGUGCACGGAGGACGGCAGCUGGCUGGAGGGGGCGUGUGAACCGGUGACCUGUGACUCUCCGCCCGCCAUCUUCCACGGCAUGUACCAGUGCACGGACGGCUUCCACUUUGACAGCACCUGCUGGAUCAACUGCCCCGGAGCCAACCACACGGUGAGACCGCUGCACACCGCUCCAUGCAAGCAGCAGGGGCCCAGCACCAAUGUGAUCCGUUGUAGGAAGGACGGCAACUGGACUGGUUCCUUCAAGCUCUGUCCUCAGAGCAAGGGACAGUGCUCUCUACCUCAAAACCUUAACCCCAGCAUACGAGUCAGCUGCAAGAAGGGACAUGGAAUAGGUGAGGAGUGUGAGCUGGCGUGCAGGGACAAUAACAGCGAUGUGGUGAUCCUGCUUAGCAACAUGACCGCAGACAGCAUACGCAAGGAGCACUGGAGAAACCCACCCAAAGUCAAGAAUAUAGUGUGUACAAUGGGACUGAAGUGGUUUCCACAUCCAGAGGUGCUCCACUGCAUCAAAAGAUGUGAUCCGUUCAUUGGAGACAAUUACUGUGACUCGGUCAACAACAGAGCCUUCUGUAACUACGACGGAGGGGACUGCUGCCACUCCACCGUCAAGACCAAAAAGGUAAUCCCAUUCCCCAUGACCUGUGACAUACGGGAAGACUGUGCCUGCCGAGACCCCAAAGCUGCAGAGAACAGGAAAGACGAGCACGUCCACUCCCUGGGGUGACCGACCUUGCCCCCCACCGGACCCUCGCCCCAAAACCACCCACACCUGGACUGGGACCGAAGGCGACCAGCCGUCCCCUUCCUCCCCCUAAUCUCCUCCACAUGCUGCUUUACAGGAGUAGCUCUCCACCCAUACUGCACCCCCCUAACAGACACCUGCUUCCUACUUCUCCACAUUGGGAAAGAUGAACAAACCAGACUAGAUAGGCUAUAACGGAAAACCCAUUUCUCAAAGAAAGGAAAGAAUCUGCAAAGUCACCAACCACCAAAACAUCUACAGCAAGAGAAAAAAAGAAAACACAAAUACAAUUUUAUUUUGGAAUGAACGACAUAUAAUUUUUUUUACCCAAAACAAACCAAGCCUGGAUAGCAUGCCUUUUGUUCAGUUUUGUGCCAGCUUCCAUAUCCAUUUAAUGCCAUACAAUCUCAUGUGAUUUUCUUUCAGACCCCCCCACCCCCAAAAGAAAGUGAGAAACGUUAUCCACAACAUAUGGAAUCUUUCUUUGUGGGGCUCGGAGGGUAUACUGAAGUCAUCAAUGGUGGCACUGAAUGACAGACAGAAGGACUAUUGCCAAAAUAACUGAUAGUAUGAACACACUUGACGUACCCUCAUGUUGUAUUGCUCCAGAGCUGGUGAGAGUGCCAUUCCUGGAGACAGCACAGCACAGGGAUCAGGCUGACAGUUCGUGCCCUCUGCCUUCUCUUGAUGGAAAUGCGUUUUAUUUUUCUUCAUAUAUCACAGGCUUAGAAGCUCUGCUCUUACACAGAUGUGAAAUAUGAAAGAUAAGGAGUUGGUGGUGAUAUAGGCGGCCAUAUUGAUAAAGAGAUUCAAACCAGAGAAGUCUAUCUCAAUAGUUCUAACAUAUUACAGGAAGUGAUAUCACAUGAAAUGAAGACAAAUUGCAAUGCAAAAAAAUAUAUAUAUAUGCGUGUUAGUAUGGCUGCUGCUGCUACUACUUUUGCUGCUACUUUGCCAUAUGACCGACUGCAUACUAUUACUACCCAGUGAGGUUGGACGGAGCCAGCCCCGUCUGCCUUAAUGCUUACCUCCUAACACCAUGCAUUAGUGGACACUUAUAUCUGCAUGUACAGUACACUCAACUCAAACCUAGAAUAAACACUCCUGCAACAUUGCAAACGGUUAGUAGAGAAAAAAUACAGUUGCAAUAGCCCCAUAAUGUUGACGUCUAUCCUCAGAAAACAAAACACCUCACAUUUCCAUUUCUAUAUCCUUUGGUUUAUGCAGUCCAAUAGGCCUAAGACUUCAUAGAUAAAUAACCUAUCAGAGAAUAUACCAGAACAUUUUCCCCAAAAGCAAUGUUGACUCAAUACAAAUAGUCAAUACAUAUUACUGAAUUUAUAAUGACUUCAAGAAUUUGAUUGACAAUGAAAACACAGUUAUAACCUCGUCAAUGUAGUCAAUGUUCAUUCACAACUAUAUCCUCAAACGGUUUUCAGCGGCAUAGCAUAGCCUUGACUUCAAUAGGCUUAGUUCAAUAGUACAUACACAUACAAACAACAUGGAGGCUUUCCUCAUUUUAGUAUAGACAUUUGGAUGUAUUCGUUGUCAACAAGUAGCGUUUAGAACAGCAGUAGUAGUAGUACAGUAUAUGCCCUUGAAUAGAACCCUUAAACUCUCUCAUCUGGUAUGGACCAAUGGGAUGGUCCCUUUGACUCCUCAAGAUAGGCUGCUAUAAGGCAUUCCAGAAUAUUCCCAUACACCUUUCAGUUCUGACCAAUCACAGGUCAUCAUAGAUACAGACUGAGUAGAGAGAUAGUAGGACAAUACCACGUCACACAGUAAAGUAGGGAGACAUUUCAACGUCAAAUGUACAAUGUAAAUAUGACAUUUUCAGUGUAAAACUGCUUUUUGAAAAAAAAAAAAAACUUUACAAUUGUUCUCCUGUUGAAAUUUUUCUCAUUUAUGUUUCAUUUUUACAUAAUGUCGUAAUAUUUCAUCAGUAUUUGUAUUAUUUACCUCAGUUACUGCACUUUUAGGUUGCCUUUUAAGAAGAAAAAUAUAUGUCAAAACGUUUAGAAGCUGCUAUUGUCAGAAAGGUGAUUUGAAAAAGUGUAUGAUGUUUUUGUCAUUUGACACUCCUAUGCUAUUACUAUUAGCUUUCCUGUGAUUAGCAUCGUUGUAUUCCCACUCGUAUCCAUUAUCAUAUGAUUACGAUAUUAUUGUAUCAAGGCUAUAUUAUGUAGGUUCCAAUCUAAAAAAGUCAGAUGUACACGUUUUGAAAUAUUAUACAUGAUAUGUAAGCAUUUAUGUAUUUUGUGUUCCUCCUGGUUAGGAGACAAACUUUUAUUUUUGCUCCAUGGUUUGUGUAAUCCACCAUCUUAUGUAUUUGAUGCAAAUGGUGGCAUGGAAACCAUGGAACGUCAAGGAGAACAGAUGAGUGUGAAGAAACUACCAAAAAAAAAGGGACUAGAAAGUUGCAGAUUUUAAAGACUUUAAAAACCUGAGUGACGAAACUGUGGAGACUACAUUCAUUGUUAUAUAGCCUACAUCAGCUUCGACAAUUGUGCAUUUAACACUUUAUACAAUAUAUAGCCCAGGUAAAGUUAACUGUAUUAUGUUGAUAUAAUCAAAUGGUAUGUAAUAAUACUUCAAAUACUGCUGCUUUCAUUAGAGAUAUUACCAGUAGGGAGAGAUUGAACAGCAAUCACUACACAAAGCCAACAACCGUACUGUGGAUCAUCAUCACCUGCCAACACUCCCACAGGAUUUGUAAAAAGCCAUCCAUGGAUUUAUUUAAGGGUUAUCUUGCCAUUGGACCCUCCCUUCAUCCUCAAACUGGACAAACAUUACAGGCUGAUGACCUGUCAUCUCUUUCACCCCCUCUUUCUUUCACUUAUCUAGAGCUCCUGUCUUCGACACUGUCUUGUGUCAUCAUCCUCAUCAAUGUCAUUACAAAGUCCGGAGACCAGAAACAGUGACUCUCCGAGAGAGGGAUAUGACAGUCUCUACAGAAUGUGACUGCUUCUGUGUCAACCUGGACACAGCCCAUGCUGUAUGGUCUGGCUUUAGUCUUCUGAUGUGUUCUCUGUAUUGGACAAGGUACUGUUCCAAAGCCAUAAAGCCAGGAUGUUAUGAAAUGAAGUUUCAGAUGUGAUGUUUUGUAUACGAGAACAUCACCUCGCUACUGUAAGCCACCACAGGAUACCUUUGCUGUACCUCAUGCCUGUAAUGUUUGCUGCUUCUAUAUGUUGGUAUUUAGUGAUUUUUGCGCAAUGGUGUAAAUAGUAGAACUAUUUAUUGAGAGUGUUAUACUUUUUUAAGUUAUAUUUAAUGUUCAUGUAAAUUAUUUUUUACAUUGCUCUUAUAAACAGACAUAUUGGUUGUGUUAAAAACGUU